UGCCAUCUCUAGAUGAAACUACCCACAUUUCGUUUCUCUUCCUCUCCGGUCCCCACUAGUCCCCUUCCCUUCCCUCGCCUACCUUCGCACGGGUGCUCUGCCCGUUCGACGGCCACGCCGCGCCGCCCAGCUGCUCCGGCACCCGCCCUUCUUCGUCGAGCUCGGGAUCAGCAUCUCGCUUGUUCUGGGCUCCCCAUUCGGCCUCUCCUCGCCCUAACUCUAUUUUGCAGCAUGAGACCAGCACAACAGCCCGAAUCAUAGGCUUGACGCAGAGACCCCAUCUCAUCUGCGCUCCCGCGCGUGGCCUAACGCUAACGGAGCCAGAAGCAAAGGAGAGGAUUCCACAAGCUUCGAGUUGCCGAAACAUUUUGUUAAAUCUACUGCUUGUGUGGGAUCAUUAGUGCAAAUCCGGUGCUUGCGCGUGCAGGCUGUGCUACCCAUGCGUCUUGGCUAUUGUGAAUAAAAGGUUUCGCCUGUUGCAUCUGUCACUUGCGAUAUACCCGCGCUCUGAAAUCUCGCCCUAGUUGGUAAAAUACAACUGGUUUGCCCCCAAUUAGGACUAGUUUGGAUACUUUGGGAUUAGAGUGUUUUGGAGGGAUUGGAGAGGGUGUAAAUCCCCAAUAGAUCAGAUACUCUCUCAAUACAUGUCAAUCCACUCCAAUCCCACUCAUUACUAGAGUAUCCAAACUAAGCCUUAGGUGACUGCAAAACUUCAUUUCAAUUACUCUGGCCCUCUUUUGUGAUCAUGGACAUCAAGCAAAGUGUGUAGUAGGAUGCCCCUUUAGGGCUUGAUAAAAGGAGAUGAUCAUGUUACUCACAUAUCUGAAGAUGUAACUUCAUCUCGUUUCAGGGUUUAGAGGGAUGUCUUCAGAGGAGCUGAGGGCGAGCUUUUCAGAUUUGGCGGUGGGUUCGCCAACCCAGACAGAGGGCAAAACGUAUCCUUCAGGUGAUUUGUCGUCUGAGGAGGUCAUGCAAGUCACUUGUUUCACAGAGGAUCUUCAUGAUGUAGUACUUCACUUUCAGAUAGUGAGGUUUUCUAAACAGAUCUAUGUGUGGGUUGGAUGCAACACAGCAAAGUUUGGCCAUUUAUACGCUGCUGCAACCACUAGGCCGGAUAACAGAGUGAGCGUGACCUCUGUACUAGGAGGAACAUCUGAUAACACCGGAUCAAUACCAGAAAGGCUGCAUCCUACAUGUCCCAGUGUUGAAGACCGGUCUGAACAUUGUCCUAGCAUGCAGCAUCCCAAAAGACAGCCCCAUUCUUGAGGCAGCUGCGGAGAGGAAGCUGGUGGAGAAGCUGAAAGGUUUGGGCUACAUUAAAACCGCAGCUGUGAAUGCUAACACUUCCACGGCACCAUGAUCCGUGGCAUGAUCUAGUGAGCUUUCGGUCGACGUUCAUCACUAGAUGCAUCAUGAUCAUGAGCAGUUGUGAUGUUUGGUGGGCUUGAUUGGCUAACUGUUUCAUCUGUUCUUUCGCGUGGUAAAAGUUAUUAUGAACAUUUUGGUGUAUGGAGUGUUUAAAAGCACUAGAGCUAAUAGAUAGUUGGCUAAAACUACUGGUGAAUUUAGCUAGUUAACUAUUAGCUAACUUGCUAAAAAUAGUUAAUAGUUGAAUUAUUAACUAGUAUGUUUGGAUGUCUUUAGCUAAUUUUAACAGCUAACUAUUAGCUCUAGUGCAUUUAAACACACCUGUAAUGUACUUCCUUUUCUCGUCCUAAAAUGAGUUUCCAUCUCAACA